AUGGGUCGAUUAAGCAGAGAUUCAUCCAGACGUGCGUCUGUAGAUGAGCAAGAGACGGUUGAGGUCAAGCGUGAAGAGUCGGUGGACGGUGAGGGCGAGCUUGCCCACGAGCUCAGCACCAGUCGCGUAGCCGCCAUCAAGCAUCAAAGCUCGGCGAGCCCCUCGGCAUCACCUUCUCUGAAACCAGGGCGAUUAAAGUCAUCCCGCUCAUCCUCUGUAUCGACUUCUUCUUCAAAUCGGCCUCCCGCCGCUGAUCCUGACACGUCAACUGCCAAGAAAGAGCCGAGCGAGGCAAAUGGUCACCACCACUCGACCUCCACCUCGCCCAUCAAGCCUGAACCCAAGGAACCCUCAAAGCCCGCAAAGACCUCCCGAGCCGCAUCUAAGCUUCCCCCUCGCGUCGCUCCUCUAUUCGACCACCUCCCAGAUGCAACCAAAGAAGCCACCUCGACAUUCACCGUCAUUGAUGCCUGCACCUAUCAAAAUAAAUAUCUGGGUUUCAGCGAACAUGCUCUCGACUGUGAUUGCAGCGAAGAAUGGAAUCCGGCCACCCGGCAGAACCUUGCCUGUGGGGAGGAUUCCGACUGUAUCAACCGCGCGUGUAAAAUGGAAUGUGCCAAUGACUGUGGUUGCGGUGUCUCAUGCCAAAACCAGAGAUUUCUCAGGCGCCUCUACGCAAAAGUGUCAAUCAUCAAAACAGAAAAGAAGGGCUAUGGUCUUCGCGCCGAUGUUGAUUUGCGACCGCACGACUUCAUCUUUGAAUACAUCGGCGAGACAAUUCCCGAAGGGACUUUCCGGAAGCGCAUGCGACAGUAUGAUGAAGAAGGAAUCAAACACUUUUAUUUCAUGUCCCUGAGCAAGGGUGAAUUUAUCGAUGCGACGAAGAAGGGGAACCUCGGUCGUUUCUGCAACCACUCUUGCAACCCCAACUGCUAUGUCGACAAAUGGGUGGUCGGUGACAAAUUGCGGAUGGGUAUCUUCGCUGAGCGCUAUAUCAAAGCUGGGGAAGAACUGGUCUUCAAUUACAAUGUCGAUCGAUAUGGCGCUAAUCCGCAGCCCUGCUAUUGUGGUGAGGCCAACUGCACAGGUUUUAUCGGAGGUAAGACUCAGACCGAACGCGCCACUAAGCUGUCAGCUGCGACCAUCGAGGCCUUGGGUAUCGAGGAUGCCGAUUCCUGGGACACCGUGGUUGCGAAACGGCCGCGCAAGAAGAAGACGGCGGAAGACGACGAGGACUACGUUGAUAGUGUCGAAGCGAAGUCUUUGGACGUCGACGGCGUGACCAAGGUCAUGGCCGCACUAAUGCAGUGUAAAGAGAAAUGGAUUGCCGUCAAGCUCCUGCAACGCAUCCAACGAUGUACCGAUGAUCAAGCCUGGCACCGAGUCGUCAGGUUUCACGGUUACCAGAUCCUCAAUUCACAGCUCUCGGCAUGGCGAGACGAUGAGAAUAUUAUCCUUCAGAUUCUCGACGUCCUGGACCGAUUACCACGGCUGACGAGGAAUAAAAUCGUCGAUGCAAAGAUUGACAAGACGAUGGAAUCCUUAACUAGCCAUUCUGACGAGAGGGUGGCAACCCAAGCCUCAGCGCUCCAGGAUGCUUGGUCGAAGCUCGAAUUAGCCUACAGAAUCCCCCGGAAGAAGAGGGAAGACGCUUCCACACCCGUCAAGACGGAGACAACGCCGUUUGAGCGACGAGAGUCUGCCCAGGGACGAAAAAGAUCCAAGUCGAGAUCGCGAUCUCCGCCGAGAGGGCCUGCUGGGCUAAAUGCGCCAUCGGGUCCCCGAUCACUCCAGCGACCGGGAUCUCUCUACCCACGUCCUCCUAUACCUUUUCAUCGUGGGCCGCCUCCACUACCGCGCGGCUGGUUCACAGCCCAAGACAAAGGUAGGACAUACUAUUAUUCGGUUAACGGGCAGACGACGUGGGCUCGACCCACGAAGCCCGCAGAAGAGGCCCCUCCCCCACCGCCACCGAAACAACCAUCGGAACGAGAUGUGCUGAAAAGUAUCAUUGAGAACAUCGUCACGUCUCACGACAAAGAUACAAAAAACAGCACGCCGGACACGCCGGAACCAUCCAAAGUGAAGAAGGAAGAGAAGUGGAAGGCGUACGACUUAGAGAAACAGAAGAAGCUUUACGAGAACACUCUCUUCCCUCAUAUCUCUCACGUAAUGAACAAAUACAAGCACAAAAUCCCCCGGGACGACCUGAAACGAUUCGCCAAAGAGAUCGCCAAAAAGCUGGUGGCAUCAGACUACAAGGCGGGUCGCGUAAAGGAUCCCACGAAGAUUGACGAGCGGCAACAGAAGAAAGUCAAAGAGUUCUGCAAGCAAUUCUUCGAAAAGGCUUACCAAAAGCACAAGAAGCACGAAGCCGAAAAGGCGGCAAGGGAGAAAGGGAAGAAAGACCCACGAGGUGGUGAAGGAUCUGCUGCGUCACCUGCUCAGUCUCCCGCCAAAUCGCCUCCCGAGGCAGACACCACCCUGGAUCAGGAAGACAUCAAAAUGUCGGAUAAUGAAGAUGAGGACGCGGAAGCCACGCCCAAUCUCAACACACCAUCAGAAACCAAUGGGGCCGGCACGUUAAAGCGGAAGCGCAUCGAGACAGACGAAUCCACCGCUGCGGAAGGAGAUGACGAGCGAGAACCAAUAGGAUCGCCAGUAAAGAGACUCAACAUGGAGGUUGACACACCGCCGCCGCCUCCACCACCACCACCUGCGCCGCCGGUAGAGACACCGCCUGACAGUACACCCCGUGAAGGGGAACAUGAAGGCGCAGACGUGGAGAUGGGCGGAGAAACAGACAUCUACGCCGACACCAGUUUUAAGGGAAGGAGCAUGGCAGACGUGCUGGCCCAGGCGCAGGCGGAAGAUGCAGACGAAGGGGAUGACACGGAAGACGUAGUCAUGAGGAAUGGAACAGCAGCGGAAACAGAAGGGGAGACCAGAAAUCCCAUGGUGGACAAUCAGCCUGUUGGCCCAACAGAGGCAGGCCGAUAA